AACUGGAGACCGCACCAUUUGGCCGAAUGGCCUGAGUGACAGACGACAACAGUCCAAACUAUCCAAAACAAAGCUCUCACUGAAGACUGCCAGCAAGAGUUGCACUGGAGAGGAAGACAAAGAAAAUACGAAGUUCUGUUUGUUUUGACGAGGUGACGCGUUGUGUUUUUAGUUUUUUGUCCUGGACGUCACCAUGAAGAACUUGGGACUGUUUCUGCUGGCGUGUUGCUUAGGAAGCCUGGGCACAUUGGGAGGUGCCACUGAAGUGGAGCAGGCUCUGAUGAAGAAGCUGUUUGACAAGUACAACUUUAAAGUUCGUCCAGCACGCACCCCCCAGGAGAGGGUGGUGGUCCGUGUGGGCAUGAUGCUCUCCUCCUUUGUUGGACUGAAUAUGAAAAAUGAAGAAAUGAGUACAGUUGUUGUCAUGAAUCUGGAAUGGACAGAUCAUCGACUGUCGUGGAAGCCGAAGGAGCACGAUGGGAUCGAAGUGCUGCGCAUUCCCUCUGGGAAGGUUUGGCUGCCUGACAUUGUCCUCAUCAAUAAUAACGACGGGGUGUUUGACGUGGCCCUGCAUGUCCAUGUGCAGGCCUACAGUGAUGGGAGGGUGACCUGGACGCCCCCUGCCCUGUACUGCAGCUCCUGCGGCGUGAAGGUUACAUAUUUCCCGUUCGACUGGCAAAACUGCAGCAUGCAGUUUCGCUCGUACACGUAUGACUCGACGGAGAUCGACCUGCAGUACGCGCGGGACUCGAAGGGCAAGGAGAUACGGGAGAUCCUGCUGGACGAGGCCUUCAGUGAGGGCGGCGAGUGGCACAUCAGGCACAAACCGAGCAGGAAGAACAUGAACGAUGACCAGUACGAGGAAAUGACCUUUUACCUGAUCAUCGAGAGGAAGCCUCUGUACUACGUCCUCAACAUCAUCCUCCCCUGCAUCCUCAUCACAAUCAUCGCCAUCUUUAACUUCUACCUGCCUCCCGACGCAGGUGAGAAGAUGGGGCUGUCCAUCAAUGUGCUCCUGACCCUCACCGUGUUCCUGCUGCUGCUGGCUGAUAAGAUCCCCGAGACCUCGCUGGGCGUCCCCAUCAUCGUCAACUACAUCAUGUUCACCAUGAUCCUGGUCACGUUCUCCGUCAUCCUGAGCGUGGUCGUCCUCAACCUGCACCACCGGUCCCCCAACACCCACCAGAUGCCCAUGUGGGUCCGCAAGAUCUUCAUCCACAUGCUGCCUCCUUACCUGGGCAUGCUGAGGCCCAAGGUGGAGACCCCGCUGUCUCUGGAGACCCUCCCCCACAAGGAGAAAAAGAUGGCCAUCAGCAAAGUGGCCGACGAGUACUUCAUCCGCAAGCCCAGUUUCUCCAUCUUGUUUCCCAAGCCCAACAGGUUUCAGCCAGACGGCAUUUGCACGGACCUGAGGAAGUUCAUCGACGGCCCGAGCAGCUACCUCACGCUGCCCGAUGAGCUGAAGUCGGCCAUAGAAGCCAUCACGUACAUAGCAGAGGCUCUGCAGUCUGAGAAGGACUACGAGGCUCUGAAGGAGGACUGGCAGUACGUGGCCAUGGUGGUGGACCGCAUGUUCCUCUGGAUAUUCGUCGUCUUCACCACCGUGGGCACGCUGGCCAUCUUCGCAGAUGCCAGCUUCAACCACACGCCCACCGAUCCGUUUAAAGCACCAUGAGACUUUCACGAGCUCCUUCCUUUCAAAUGUACCGAGACGUGUGGGAAUAAGAACUAUGUUAAUGCAUGAAAUGCUUUACAGUGCUAGAGACAUGAUUUUAACCUUCCCCGCACCGUUUCAAGUCUUUUUUUUAAUUAUUAUUCCUCAUACCAGUUUAUUUUUGCUCUUUAUAAACAGUCCCAUACUGUAAAUAGUGAAUGCUGUGAAGAACUAGGUAAUAAACGAGCAUUGUGAGCCUC